AUGUUGUGUCAUUCUGCUGGAUUUGUGUAUGACACCUCUUCGCCGUUGUUAAAAAAGUGGUCCAAGUCCCAAGGGAGGACAGCGCACACUUUUUCUGGCAGCAUGGAUGGAUAUACUCAUCCGCUGAUUUAUCAGCCGGGUACCUCGUGGGCAUAUGGAGCUGGACUAGACUGGGCCGGUCGGCUGAUCGAGCGCGUGACCAAUUCUACCCUGGAAGAGUACAUGCGUGCCAACAUUUGGUCUAAGCUUGGAGCGACAUCAACAACCUUUCAUCCAGAAUUGCACUGUGAUACCCUACCUCCACAAAUGGGAAUGGCGUAUCGAGUCAGUGUCGGCCAGGGUGCUAAAUCGGUCAAGCCGCCAGCCUUUGGAAGACGACUUGGGGGGAUUGGUCUCUGGAGCACACCAAUGGACUUUACCAAAUUGUUGGCCGCGCUUCUCAAAGGUGGCCAGCCAUUGUUGACCGCGGCUAGCGUGGAUAUAUUAUUUAAACCACAACUGAGUGAUGAGUCUCGGGCAGCAAUGCCAAAGCCACUUGGAGGCCAAAUGCGGCGAGUAUUAGGGAUUAGGGGCUUGGAUGACAUUAAACAAGCCGAUCAUUGUUUGGCCGGUACAAUAACCUUGAAGGAUAUUCCUGAUCGCAGACGAAGUGGUACGGUCAACUGGAGCGGUUUGCCAAAUCUACAUUGGUGGAUCGACCAAAAGACAGGCAUUGCGGCCACUUUGUUCACACAGCUCAUGCCACCGGGAGAUGCUGCCGUCACUGGUCUGUUGAUUGAACUGGAGAAAGCCCUAUACAAGGCUCUGAGCAGGAAUUCGGGGCAUUUUAAUAGUAAUGUGAAGUUGUAG